AUGGAACAAUCCACGAGCGGAAGCGUACAUGCAGUGGAGGCGGAGCCUCCCUGGCGGCGACCGUGUGGACUCGGAUGGCGAUCGAUUAAGGGCCGACACCAGCCGGUGGAGGUCGACGAGGCGUGGCCGUUUGGUGGACCAUCGAGUUUUACACCUCCUGCAUUUGGCGGGCCAUCUGGGGCGGUUCCCGGUGUUACUGCCCCUGUAACAGAAGACUGGGACAUGGGUCAAGGCGAUGUAUACAUUCACAACGCACCGGCCUUCCCAAAGAACCCGAUGUUCAUGGGUUCUACGAAGGCAGAACGGCGAGCAUUCAUGGCGUCGUACAACCAGUACAUCAGCCAUACGAAUGCCCUUACGGCGAACGGCGUUCGACUAUUUCGGAUGCCGUUGAGUGCGUGCAUUUAG